CAACGAGCUGGAGAAGCGCUUCAACAAACAGAAAUAUUUGGCCAGCAGCGAGAGAGCGACUCUGGCGAAGCAACUGAACAUGACCGACGCGCAGGUCAAGACUUGGUUCCAGAACAGACGGACUAAGUGGAGACGCCAAAUAGCAGAAGAGCGAGAGACAGACCGGCACCACACAAACCGCAUCCUCCUGAGCCUGCAGAGCAACGGAAUGCUUAGCGAGACCCAGGCCGCGCCGCUGUACAACACCAACGCUUCGCUCUGUGCGCUCGAGAACAUCAAACCUUGGGCGGAGCGCAACACCCUUCCGCCCUCUGGUGGUGAGGAUAAUGAACCUUCGUCGUUAUCAGCAGCGGCGUUAGCUGCUGAUUCCGUAGUACCAGUAGGCGCUGACGCUGAUACUUUUAAUACGGUUGCCGAUGCAACUGAUACAAUGAGCAAAUCUAGCAGUCGUAGCAACAGUCCUGCUCCCAUGUCACCGAUGUCAUCGUAAAUUAAGCAUUAGAGUUUCUGCUUCAAAGUUUGAUGUGCUUUAGUCUUGUUAUAAAAUGUACAUGACGAAUAACAGUAGAUUUUACGCCAUUAUAUGUAAUCUCAGUCGUCAUUCCACGGCAGACGAUACUUUUUAGGCGCUGCAAGAUAGAAUUAUAGUAUUUUUAUUUAACCUCACCAUGACAUUUACAGGUGAAAUUUGUUUUUUAUAAUAAUUAAACUAAAAUUAGUAGGCAAAUCAAUUAACGUCACGAAUAGUUAGUUUGAUCUUUAAUAUUAGUUUGAUCUUUAACCAUUGUUAUUCGGUUUCUUUGGGCUGUCGUCAACAGCACUUUCCGUUUGAGAAGUGGCAAGUUUACUUCGUAAUGAAAAUUAGGGGUGAACUUGAAUUAAAGUGACCGUCAAUUAUAAAAAAGCAAAUAUAUUUCAACUGAGUGCUGUAAAUGCGUUUAGUAACCGUUAAAUGGCCAUUUAUAAUCAGCAAAUAAUUUCUCACUGGGUGCCAUACAUGCAUGCACUUAGCACACUAGUGUAGGUGCUCGUUGUACAGCACAUUAAUUGCAAAUUAUGACCAUCUUGCACCGCGGGUUAUUUUAUAAUUAUUUAUUUCAUAACAUUGUCCUGUGUUAGAUAGAUUAUGUGUGAUUGUGAACUAUGGUAAAGUAAAUACGUGUGUUGUCACUGCAAAUAAUCUAAUGGCAUUUCACUCAUGCGGCAUUCCUUGAAGUUAUAUAUGAAAGAUUGGUGUUGUAUGUAAGAAAUUUUUUAUUAUAAUGAUGGGAUGCUAGCAGGUGAAUUCUAUAAUUUGAAUAAUUGGAUAUUGAAAUAUAAUAAUUUUUUGUACAAAGUUAGGGGAAUAUCUUCAAGGUAUUUGGAGGUAUAAGGUUCAGUAAAUGUUUUGCAUCAUUCGCUGCUGUCGAUCGGUGAACAUUCUCGUUGAGAUGAGGGAUUCCCAAAAAUUUGGGCGUGAGGCCCUUUCAGUUGAUACACAAACAUUUUUUAUUAUAGUAAAUUUUUUUGUUAGUUAUUUUUAAUCGCGCAAGAAUUUUUAGUGACGGACAAGAUAAUCGGGCAAUGAUUUGCUGCUGUCGCCACACGGUCCACGCACUUAUCUUGACCCAGUCUGCCCCGGGAAAAAGGACGUAUCAGUGCUACACGCAGCUAGUGUGUCACUAUUUAGACAAGAUGACCUAAAUAUAUUUUUGAGUGUAUUAUUAAACUAAAACAGUAUACUACCUCAACGCAUAAAUAUCAAUAACGCAAUAACAUAAAUGUCAAUAAAUAAAUGUUGAUGUAGUGCAAAAAUAUCAAUGUAUAGUACCAGAUAGCAGCUGCUAAUAUAGGUUAAAUGAGUAGUGUCCUACUAGCUGGACCGGUACGUGCAGUCAGAAAAUGAAUGGCUCGUAUUGUCCAAGAAGUGACACUUUCUAGCACUGAUACGCACUUUACUCGGUUAGAAACUGAGUCAGAAAACCCAUACAGAGGCAAUAAGUGCAUCGCUAUUCGGACAAGUCUCUCUCAUUCUUCUGAGUGUGUUGCUAGAACACAAAAAGUUCGGAAAUCACAGCAUGUACGUAGAUUAGUAUCGUAAAAUGUGUACAUUAUCGUUCAUGACUUGAUAUGAAGAAAACACAUUGCCCAUAGCUUGUUGAGCAAUGCGUGCCAUGAGAAACCUAAGUCAACGAAUGGUGUUAAUUUCACGGUUUAACUUCAAGCAAUUUUUAAAAUUUAGAGAUGGAAAUUGAGUAGAUAUAGUGUCGAAUUUUUUAAGUGAACUUCAUUUUGAGUGCAAUGCAAACUAUUAUGAAUAUCUAUGCAUGUGACUUGAUUAUGCAACAGAUGAUUUACUUCCCAUUUGAUAAAAUUAUGAUUUUUUGGAAUCACUCGAAAUUUUCGUACUGAAAAAAAGUAAAAUCGAUAUUAUAAGGUGAAUAAUCAAAUGCUCGAAAAAUCAGGAUCCUGGAAAAAUAUGUAAGCUGAACAAAAACUUGCCACAAGAAAGACCUGAGAUUUCGUAUAAUUAUUAAUUUAUAAUUUUGAGAAAGCUACAAAUACAAGGGUGGUGUAUGGAUAAAUUAUUGGCAAGCAAGAGAGUUUAAUGAACAGUUAAAUAAAUUGAGUGAAAAAAACCCUCUCAAGAAUUUGUAAAAGAUAAGAAAAGAAAAAAUUUUUACUAGUAAUAUUGUAUUAUUAUAUGGAUCUAUACAAUGACAUCAAUAUAAUGCAACUUGAUUAAUUCAGCUGUAAAAAUAAAGGCCCGGGAUGACAUAUGUUAAAGUGAUGAACUUAGCAUUUUUAGCAUUUAAUUUCAAUUUCGUUUUUAUUCAGACAGACAAAUUGUUAUAUCAAAUUCUGUAAUUUAUUUAACUUAUUCCAUAACUUGUUAAACCUUUUAACUUUAAUAACUUAUUCUGUAAAUAGAUGUUUGCGGAAGACUAAAUUUCUACUUGAAUUUUUUAAAUCUCAGCCUUUGCAUAAUUGUGUAUAGAUGAAUAUGGAAAUUAUUUUAAAUUGAGUUUUCUCAGAAAAAUACGUUCUUAGAGAGGAAAAUUAAUGUCUUUUUUUAAAAAGUUAUAUAAUCCAAGAAAAUGUUUGAGCAGCGAAUACAGCAUGAAUUAUCAUUAAUGUUUUGUUCAAAAGCCUUUAGAAAUAUGACAUUAAAGGUUUAUUCAACAUUAUCACAUUCUUUACAUUAUAUGUUUCUGCCAGGGACGUUUGUUAGAAGCGCAGUGGCUAGCCCUCACUAAGUAGAAUGAAUGUGUCACAUUGUCUAAAUAGUGGCACACUUUCUCACCCACAGUGCUAGCAGAUGUAGCUGUCGCAUCAAUGGUUCAUCGUUCUUUAAAAAGUGUAUCGUUUUUUUACAAAGUCUCACCCACUUCUCUUUGUGGCUUCAGUCAUAGUUAUAAUGUAAAUGAUCUCAAUCAAUUAUUCAGACUUCCCAUUAAUAUUCUUUUUGAUGUCAAUUUAAAUAAUACUAAUUAAAACGAGAAGU